ACGUUUUUGUAACUCCUCUUCCUGGAGCCAAUCGGGUGCGAGGUCGGUGAUCAGCGCUAUAUCAGCUCCGCUGUCGGAUGCAAAUCGUAUCUGAAAACCUGCUGUGUCGAGUACUUGGGAGUUUUUACGGCAACUUUUGAAGGCAUUUUAAGUUUUGAUCCUGAAGCAGUCAUGACGUCGUUUCUCGUGAAAUGUGCGGGGAAGGACAACAAUGAGUAUCUCAAGCAACAGGUCCAAGUGAAAAACCCCUACUUGGAAACCAUGGAAGAGGACAUUCUUUACCACUUCAGCUUGGGCACCAAGACUCACAACCUCCCAGAAAUGUUUGGAGAUAUUAAGUUUGUGUGUGUCGGUGGCAGCGCGAACCGAAUGAAGGCUUUCGCCCAGUUCAUCCACCAGGAGCUGAAGAUGACUGGAAACCCAGAGGAAAUUAGAGACAUCUGUGAGGGAACUGACCGCUACUGCAUGUACAAAGUGGGGCCGGUGCUCUCCGUAAGUCACGGCAUGGGCGUCCCGUCCAUCUCCAUCAUGCUGCACGAGCUCAUCAAACUGCUGCACCACGCCCACUGCCGCGACGUGGUCCUGUUUCGCCUGGGGACGUCCGGCGGAAUCGGUCUGGCUCCGGGGACGGUGGUGGUCACAGAAAAGGCGGUGGACCACUCUUUCCGGCCUCAGUUCGAACAGGUGGUCCUGGGCAAGGUCGUCACCAGGAGCACCGAGCUGGACGAGGGCGUGGCCGCUGAGCUCCUGCAGUGCUCCUCCGAGCUCCAGAACAUCCCGACGGUGAUCGGAAACACCAUGUGCACCCAUGACUUCUACGAAGGUCAGGGCCGACUGGACGGAGCUCUCUGCUCCUUCUCUCCCGAGGAAAAGCAGGAGUACCUGAGGAAAGCCUACGAGGCCGGAGUGAGGAAUAUCGAGAUGGAGUCCACAGUAUUUGCCGCCAUGUGCCGCGUCUGUUGCCUCAAAGCGGCUGUGGUCUGUGUUACGCUGCUGAACCGCUUCGAGGGAGACCAGAUCUCCUCCCCUCACGAUGUCCUGGUGGAGUACCAGCAGAGACCUCAAGUCCUGGUGUCCCACUUCAUCAAGAAACGCCUGGGGCAGAUCUAACAGCCCAGCCGCCUCGAGGCAUUGUACAUAGCUAAUGUGUAAAAUACCUGUUCAAUUCAACCUGUUAAUAUGUGUAUUAGACACUUAUUUAAAAUGUUCAUCUUUGAUGAAGCUAAUAUAUUAAGCAUAUAUUUAUAUACGUGUGUAUAUUUGUGCGAGCGUGCGCUGUAUCUUUACAUGUUUAACACUUUGAUGAGUGUGUGUGAGAAAGCAGAAAAUCUCCCAAAAAAAAAUGUGCUGAAAGUAGAUUUACUCAUUUAUCUCUGCUGAGGCUUCCAGAAAAUCAUCAGUGUAUUAUUUUAAAUCCACGGGGGACGUUAGAAGGAAGAAAAAAAACACACUUAAAUCGGAAUUAUUAUUCUAAUGGAGGCGAUUUGCAGUCGAUCAGCGGCCUCUAAUUUCACGCCUUAGAUGCUUUUUAGACGAAAAGCCAUCAUUAUUCCCUUCUUUUAUAAUACGGGAAGACGGAGUAGACCCCCCGAAAAUGUAUAUCGGCACUGAAUGCACAUCUAAUAGCUUCAGCCAAUUAAAUCUCCACAUCCAUGUCAGUAUUUUUGCUGUAUUUAUCAUCACUGUAUGUAUACUGUAUUGCUCAUGACGCAGCAUACGUCCACAUUAAAAGCCAUUAAAACUUA